AAUCUAACAAUUACGAGUAAUGUCUUUGUGACAAGAACUUUCUUUGUCUUUUAUUCCCAUGUUUGAACUAGUAUAGGUCGGGGUUACACAUUAUGGUGCACAUCACUUUAUUUAUCAUCGUUACAUUGAACGCUCAUUGACUAAACAACGAUGAUCCAUCCGUCUUGUAUUACAGGUCUUCAUUUCAUUGGCCACCGAUGCUUGUAAGACUACUCCCAUAUGGUUGUUGUUGUGGAUAUGGUUGUUGAGGUUGGUGUGGUUGCUGGGGGAAUGGUUGUUGGGGUUGCUGGGAAAUUGUUUGUUCUGGUUGCUGGGAUAAUUGUUGUUGGGGCUGCUGAAAUGGUUGUUGUGGUUGUUGGGGUAAUGGUUGUUGUGGUUGAAGGAUGGAUGGUUGUUGGGGUUGCUGGGGUUGGGGCUGGGGAAAUGAUUGUUGUGAUUGUUGGGGUUGCUGAGGAAAUGGUUGUUGCGGUCGUAGGGGGAAUGGUUGUUGUGGUUGUUGAGGGAAUGGUUGUUGUGGUUGUUGGGGGAAUGGUUGUUGCAGUUGCAGGGGGAAUGGUUGUUGCGGUUGCUGGGGGAAUGGUUGUUGUGGUUGCUGGGGAAAUGGUUGUUGCGGUUGCUGGGGGAAUGGUUGUUGCGGUUGCAGGGGGACUGGUUGUUGCGGUUGCUGGGGGAAUGGUUGUUGCGGUUGCAGGGGGACUGGUUGUUGCGGUUGCUGGGGGAAUGGUUGUUGCGGUUGCAGGGGGAAUGGUUGUUGGGGUUGCUGGGGGAAUGGUUGUUGCGGUUGCAGGGGGAAUGGUUGUUGGAGUUGCUGGGGAAUUAUUUGUUCUGAUUGCUGGGGGAAUGGUAGUUGGGGCUGGGGAAAUGGUUGUUGGGGUUGCUGGGGGAAUGGCUGUUGUGGUUGGAGAGGGAACGAUUGUUGGGUCUGGGGAAAUGGUUGUUGUGGUUGCCAGGGAAAUGGUUGUUGGGGUUGUGGAAAAGGUUGUUGUGGUUGUUGGGGUUGCUGGGGAAUUAUUUGUUCUGGUUGCUGGGGAAUUAUUUGUUCUGGUUGCUGGGGGAAUUGUAGUUGGGGCUGGGAAAAUGGUUGUUGGGGUUGCUGGGGGAAUGGUUGUUGUGGUUGCAGAGGGAAAGAUUGUUGGGUCUGGGGAAAUGGUUGUUGUGGUUGCCAGGGAAAUGGUUGUUGCGGCUGUGGAAAAGGUUGUUGUGGUUGUUGGGGUUGCUGGGGGAAUGGUUGUUGUGGUUGUAGGGGGGUCGGUUGUUGGGGCUGGGGAAAUGGUUGUUGUGAUUGCUGGGGAAAUUGUGGUUGGGGUGUGGGAAAUGGUUGUUGCGAUGGAUAUGGUUGUUGUGAUGGAUAUGGUUGUUGUGGAUAUGGUUGCUGUGGAAAUGGUUGUUGUUGAUGGGAAAAUGAUUGUUGAGGUGAUUGUAGCUCUUUGUUGCUAGGGUUUAGCUGCCUAGCAGCAGUGGCGAUGUUCAUCGCCAUGGCAAGGAGGACAAAGAUGAGGAAGGUCUUCAUGUUGGAUUUGUGGUUACUACUGCUUGCUUGCCUUUGAUGCUUGUGG